GAAGAUUAAGGAUUAACCCAAGUGCCUUGUCUCAGCAGUCAUAAUGAAUCAGGAAAUCGGUGGCAAUAGCUUGGUGGAGCACUCCGUCACCAGCAUCCUUUUGUACUCCUUUUUGGAAAGAUCCCCCUACUGCACUUUCUCGCGCGAGCUCAGCGCUGUGGGAAACCAGCUGAAGUCUUCAGAGCCAUGCUACCAUUAUGAGGGGCCUUUCGGCGGGGAUCUGCAGACAGAUGGCAACCGAGCCGGACGAUUUGGGGCCCUAGACCCAGCUAUCGGAGAUGACAAUGAACGUUUCCAGAUUAUUGGAGCUCAGUUGGCUGAAAUUGGGGACCAGCUGGCUCUGGAGAUUGAGCCGUCGUUGAUUAAUAAUCUUGUGCAGCAGUUUACAGCGGAGAACCUUUCUAGAGAGGAAAUAACCAGGCAUCUGUCUCAGGCAGUGGAGACCUUGAGGAGAAGGAUGCCAGUGGAAAUGGAGCCAGAACGAGCCAUGUUAGUGAUAGUCAUGCUGUUGGCCCGAAAUGUAGCAAACAAGGUUCCAUCUCUUCUUCGUCGGGUGUUCGUCACAACUGUGAACUACAUCAACGCCACACUUUGGGAUUGUGUGAACAACCUGGCGCCUGAGGUAGCAAAAACAAAAUUACAAAAGUCGCAUUUUAAUUCUCGUUCUCUCCAUGGUGCAUCUCAGCGCUUGGAGCACAGAUAG